AUUUCUUUUGGUUUAAAGCAACAUUCCAGCUGCUGAAGCUCCGUUGACCUCCAGUGUUUUCCUGGCUCAGAUCCAAGAAACCUGGAUGCUUUUUGCCACUCUGAUGGUAAAUGAUGAGACAGGCAACCAUGGAUUUCAGCACUCCUUCUGUGUUUGAUCAGCAAAAAGGUGACUCAUCUGAGGAAGUUGACCUGACCAUGGUUUAUCAGGCAGCUUCUAAUGGGGAUGUCAAUGCUCUGACUUCAGUAAUUCGGGAAGACCCUUCUAUCCUAGAAUGCUGUGACAGUGAAGGAUGUACACCCUUGAUGCAUGCAGUUUCUGGACGUCAAGUGGACACAGUGAAGCUGUUGUUGAAGAUGGGGGCCAAUAUUAACAUGCAGGACGCUUAUGGCCGCACGAGUUUAUGCCUGGCAACAUAUCUGGGUUGGCUAGAAGGUUGUGUGAGUCUGCUCAGAAAUGGUGCCAAGCACAAUAUUCCCGAUAAAAAUGGCCGUCUGCCACUGCACGCUGCCACGGCUGAGCCUGAUGUGAGGCUCCUAACAGUCUUGGUGCAACAGUCAAAUCUCAGCGAGAUUAAUCACCAGGACAAUGAGGGAAUGACACCACUUCACUGGGCAGCUUUCCACAACCGGCCUCAACAUACCCAAGUGCUGCUGAAGAAGGGAGCAGACCCCACUCUUGUGGAUAAAGACUUUAAAACAGCUCUACACUGGGCAGUCCAGAGCGGAAAUAGAAUUUUGUGUUCCAUCAUCCUGAGCCACCACCAGGGCCCGUCCAUAAUCAACUACGACGACGAGAGUGGGAAGACGUGCGUGCACAUCGCCGCAGCAGCGGGCUUCAGUGACAUUAUUAACGAACUGGCGAGAGUGCCUGAGUGCAACCUCCAGGCUCUGGAUGUGGACGACAGGACACCGCUGCACUGGGCUGCAGCUGCAGGCAAGGCAGACUGUGUACAGUCACUGCUGGAGCUGGGCAUGGACAGCAACCUGCGAGACACCAAGGAGAGCACACCCCUGGCCUACGCCCUGUACUGCGGCCACGCGGCCUGUGUCCGACUCCUCUCCCAGGAGAGCAGAACAGAGCCUACUCGACCCCUUCCUUCCCAGAGCAGUAGACCCCAGAAGAAGGAGGGACGAUUCAGCAUGCUCAACCAAAUCUUCUGCAAAAACAAAAAAGAAGAGCAGAGAGCCUAUCAGAAGGAUCACAGCAGGGAUCGACAGAUGGGGGAGCACACCUCGGAAGUUGAUGACAUCAUCACCACCUUUGACAGCAUCGUAGAUACCAACUGCCAAGAAGGGCCAGGCAAUCAGGUGGCUAUGAUUGACUUUAAGAAGCAGACCUCAGAGAAUUCAAAAUAUCUCUUGCCAGAAAAGAAGCCUCUGGGCCCCAAGGGGCUUCCACCAAUCAGAACACAGAGUCUCCCACCCAUCACCCUGGGCAAUCACUUCCUGACAGCUUCCCAGGGGGCCACUUCCCAUGCUGGCCUGAGCUCUGGUAGUCAUCAUAUGGCCCAGCGAUCUCAGAAAAGCCGGAGUGAGCAGGACUUACUGCAUAACAGAACUGGUUGCCAGGUUUUGCUAGAUAACCCCUGGAAAGGUGAUUCUAACCAGGUGUUCUGUAAGGCCGGGACUGUGCCUUCUUCUGAUAAGCGGCUGGACAGAUUGCUCACCAGUGGCUCUGGUCACCAGGAGGUCCUUGGGCUGCCACAUCUUCCUCAUCUACAUAAUCCUUCAUCAGGACAAAAUUUUCAGCAUCUUUCCCCAAAGAGACCCCAAAUCAGGGAUCUUCCUUUCACCCGGAACAACCUAGCUCCUCUACCAGACCAAAAAUUUCUAUCUGGAGACUCUCUGAGGACAAACCGAGUACUGCCUGCUAUUCCAAGCCAACGGGGACACGGCAUACCAGCCAAAGAAAGUGAAAACUUUGCCAAUCCCACCAAUGAUGAGAAUUAGCUGUGGUUCACUGACUGUAAAAAUAGAGAUUAUAUAUAUUUUCAACUGUCAAGGGAUGAGAUUACUCUAGUUUGUGAGAGCAAAGACUGAUUUAGUAAAUUACAUUCUAGAAGCCAUUCACAAUUUUACAACUCCUUCUUCCAAUAACAUUUCCCAAAUAAGCACUUGGAAUCUUUGAUUGCAUAUAUAUUUUAACUCUGUGAGUUGCUCUGACCUCUACAUGCCAAAACUAGAAGUCCGCAUAUGUUAUCAGCAGGGAAACUUAGCUAUGUUUGGUUUGCAUUGUGAUAUCAGCAGAAAUUUUUUUUUCCUGAAUGAUUUUAUGUUUUAAAAAUGUAUGCUUUGCUGAAUAAAAAA